AUGGCGGAGGAGGGGCCCCUGAAGGUCGCGACGCCGGCCUCGUCACGGCCCGAGUCGGUGCUCUCGGAGUUGACGGCCUCGGACGGGCCGGAGAGUCCGGAGCCGGAGGUGCCGGAGGACGUGUCCUCUCCGGAGGACACCCCGGACCAGCCGGAGACGAGGGCAGAGCCGGAGUGGCCCAGCCCGGACCAGCAGGAGACGAGGGCAGAACCGGAGUGGCCCAGCCCGGACCAGCAGGAGACGAGGGCAGAGCCGGAGUGGCCCAGCCCGGACCAGCCGGACGGCCGAGAGGAGGAACAGGAGGACGAGAACGAGGACACACCUAGAGGGGAAAGUGGUCUUCAAAACAAGGAGCCCGCAGACAACCAGCCCGGAGAGAAUAAGCACCAAGAACUGAGCCUUGAAGAUAGUGCGGUUACUGUGACCGAAAUGGGGGGCCAGAAGGACCCUGAGGAUGGACGAGAUGCCGGUCAGGUCGAAGGAGAGCCAGCACAGGACGCUGAAAAGCAGUCAAUGGAGCCCUCCAGCCCUCCAGAACAUGUCGCUUCACCAGAAGACGCCCAGCCGAAGGAAGACUCGAACACUGAACCAACUAAUGCCAACGUCGAAAAACCCAAUGUCGAUCCCAAAGAGACUUCAACAGACAUCGAGCAUAAGUCAUUACCUCAUUCCCCAGAACCUGAGCGAGCUCCUUCGGUUCCAGGCCCACAAGACACAAACGCGGACGAACCUGCAUCAGGUGGCCGCCCAGAAUCUAAGCCAGGCCCUGACGAAGCCAACGGCGAGGAGAAGGACGCAAAGUUAGAGUCGGAAUCUUCUGGACUAAAGGCAGAAGAAAAGGAGGACGAAAGAAGGCCUGCGUCAGAAGUAGAUGCAAAAUUGGAGCAGACACCAAAACCGGAACCUGAUCCAGAGCCUGAAUCAAAACAUCAGUCAGAAUCCGAGCCUGAAUCUGAAACUAGAUCUGAAUCAGAGCCUGAACCUGAUCCUGAACCAAACCGAGAACCCGAACCCGAAUCCAGACCACAGUCUGAGCUCCAGCCUGAACCGGAGCCGGAACCAAAACCUGAAUCGCAAUUUGAGCCUGUAAACCAAGAAAAGUCUCAACCAGAGCCUGAACCGGAACCAAAAUCUGAGCCUAAGCAAGAAGAUAAGCCUGAACCCACAUCCGAACCUGAAGCCGCUCCCAAACCUGAAACUGAUCCGAAACCUGAUCCCGAACCUGAACCCAAAGCUGGACCAGGAACUGAACCUGAGCCCAAACCUGAAGCUGAACGCAAACCUGAAUCUGAACCCGAAUCAGACACCAAAACUAAGCCCGAAAUCGAACCGGAAUGUGGCUCCAAAUCUGAGCCUGAAGUGAAAGAGGCAGCAGAACCAAAAGAGAUGACUCAGUCAGAGCAUAUUUCGGAUCCAGUACCAGCGCCGGAAUCAGAGCCUCACAAGCAGACACCGGACCCGGACCCGUCGCCAGCGCCGGAGCCCCAGCCAGCAGCAAAGGAGCCGCAGCCGGAGUUCCAGCCGGCAGCGGCGGCUCCGGAGCCGAAGUCCCAGCCGGCAGCAGCGGAACCGGAGAGGCGGCAGCCACCGGAGCGGCGCCGGCCUGUGGUGACCAAGGAGCGGCCGACGGUGCCGACCACGCGCGGCCAGCAGCUGCUGGUGGAGCGCAAACGGCUACUGGACGAGGAUUAUCGGCGCUGGGAGGAGCGCGAGCGAUCCCUCUCCCGCCGGCGCAGAGAAACGACUGGGGACAGCGGAGGUAGCAAUGGCCGGGGAACUAGCAGGAACGCCUCACCGAGGAGAGGACGGUCAUCUUCAACAAGGCUGGAUCCCCUGCAAGACAAACCGAAAAAGCUGCCGAUGAACAAGGUGCAGGUGGGGACGGCUCCGCCACCGAACCUGAGCGCCGUCCAGUCGCGGAUCGGCUCCCUGGCCAACACCGGCUACCGGCCCGGCGGCGGCGCCGUGAAGAUCGAACACCACAAGGUGGACGUGAGCAAGGCGGCGCCACGCGUUCAGGCGCGCUCCGACUACCGGCCCGGCGGCGGCAACAAAAAGAUCGUUCUGCAGAAGCUGGAGUGGAAGGGCCAGCCGAAGGUGGGCUCCCUGGCUAACACCAAGUACAAGCCGGGCGGGGGCAAUGUCCAGGUGGAGUCGCAGAAGCUCGACUUCAAGCGCCAGGCGGCCUCGAAGGUCGGCUCAAAGGCCAACAUUCACCACAAGCCUGGCGGCGGCGACGUCAAGGUGACCUCCCAGCGAGUGCACCUGUCGUCCGUCUCCAGCAAGGUGGGCUCACUGGACAACGUCGGCCAUCGUCCGACCGGCGGCGACCGGCGCAUCUUUGAAGACACCGCCUACCUGCGUCAGAUGCGCUCUGCGUCGACCGACGGCCGGUCCCGGCGGCUCGGGUCCCGGCCGUCCGACCCCGGCUCCGGCUCCGAGGCCGGCACCGGCUCAGAGGCCGGCACAGAGCCCGGCAACGGUGCCGAACCUGGCACUGAGCAGGGCACCGAGCCGGACUCUAAGCCGGGCACCGAGACCGGCGCUGAGCCAGGCAACGGCACUGGCGCUCAGCCCGACACAGAGCCUGUCACUGGGCCAGGCACUGAGGGAUCCGGUGCCCCCAACACUCAGCCCGGCACUGAGCCUAACUCUGAGCCCGACAAGGGCACCACACCCGUCACUGAGGGAUCCGGUCCCGGCACAGAGCCCGGCUCCAGACCCGGCACUGGACCAGGCACCGAGGGAUCCGGUCCCGGGGCAGAGCCCGGCUCCAAACCCGGCACUGACUCCAAGCCCGGCUCCGGCACCAACCCCGGCGCUGAGCCCGGAACCAACACCGGCGCUGAGCCUGCCACUGGCACCGGUGCUGGCUCCAACUCUGGCUCCCUAAAGGGUAGCGGCGAUACCAGUCCAACACCACCAAACGGGAAAAAGACACCUUCUAGAUCUCCGUCGCGCUCUAGAAAUUCGCCAUCCUCCGGAGGAAAAUCUCCAACACCGGGCGCAAAAUCUUCAGAAAAGGACAGGAAAUCCCCAGCGCCGGGUGGAAAGUCGCCAGGCACGACAGACGAGCCGCUGGCACCUCCCGGGCAGUCCGCGGCCAGCCGAAAGUCUUCAGCCGAAAACUCGCUUCCACCAGUGAACGGGGCGUCCCCUAAGCCGCUGAGAUAACGGAAUUAUCUGCACUGACGACUGCCAUGCUCUUUGCUUUUUUCAGUGGUAGCAUGCAUACUCAUUUGUUCGCACGUAAUCAAACAGUCAAACUGAUCAGAAAUUUAUGUAGUAGGUAGGCACAAAAAUAUUGUCUUGUUAUCAGAAACAUUUUUCGUUAAUGUUUCCCGUGCUCUGUGCGCCGUUAAGCUUUAACCGUGAUUAAUCGGUGUUUUAUUUGGGAAAUAAAUUAUUUCAAGAUAUUAGGAACGCUUUGUUAGGCACUCUAAUGAUGCUAUUUCAUGUCAACUAGCGCUAUUGUAUGCGUGAUGAAUAUCUCUCGCCUUCAGCCGAAUUCCGCCUGUAACAGCUAAGGUGUAAUCGUCGCACAGUAAACAGUAAGCAGUCAAGCUCGCAAACAUCGACAUCUGCACAUUGUCGAGGGAGGAGCCUGCUAAGACCCCGGAUUUGUCGGAUCCCCCAGGAAGUUGUGUGAUUUUGGCACCGUUCGUCGUAGCGGGGUCACACUUUCAAUACAUCACCCUUUGUUUCUGUCUCUUGGUACACCAGCAGUUUGGUGUUGCUUAACUAGCCCUAGCUUUAGAUAAUAAAGGCUCAAUAAAACGUAA